AGCUGAGGCAAAGAGAUCCUCAAUUCCCAUAUUUUGGCGGCAAGCCCCACCCAACACCUCAGCCAAGUUUGAUGGUACACGUCGAUGUAACGCUCGCGGCCACCAAGGCAAUCAUUCACGAACUAUAUGGGGAUUCUGCUGCUGCUCAGAUCACAAAGUCAAAAUUCCAAGUCAUUACUGUCUGGAGGGCCCUCGCAGUUCCCGUCAGGGACUGGCCUCUUGCCCUGUGCGAUGCAUCCAGUGUUGAUCAGGCCGACUUUGUGGACACGGAUGUGAUUUAUCCCAAUUACAUUGCGGAGAAUCGCAUGCUACAUUUCGAUGCAGAUCAGAAGUGGUACUGGUUGCCAGAUCAAACAGCGGAUGAGGUGCUUGUCUUCAAGGCUAUUGAUUCGGAUGAACUCCUCUCCUCCCCUUGCCCGCACGGCGCAUUUCCUCUCCCGGGUCAAGACCAGGACACCAUGUCAAGAAGGGAGAGUAUAGAUGUUCGACUGCUCGUCAUGUACACAGACAUGAUUUAUCCAGAGUCCAAGCCCUGGGCUAGUUAAAUAAGUGGAGAUAUGAUAAUUCCACUACUCCACUACGCCGGGUAGACCAGCGUUUUUCUGUGGGGCUUUUGUGAGGGUUCGUUGGGAAGAGUCAGUCAGUGGUUACUGUAACUAUCCUGUUGGUAUGGUUAGUAUAAGAUACUGCUCUUUUCGAGCAAGCACCAGCUUUAAGCCAACCAGAUUGAAUCUUCAACAACCAUAUCACAAAGAAUAAUCCCCUCUCCCAUUGAUUAUUGAUCUCCUUUUUAGGAUGUAUUGCUUCUAGUUGAUCCCAUAGUUGAUUUGUUUCUGAGUUAAAUCUAGGGAAGUGGUGGUGGCGAGACUGAUAAUAUACUAUAAAGAGACCCCAGCUGUCUCUCCAUCACAUGAACCUAUCCUGUGAUCCCACUGCGAAACGCUGUGAUAUGAAGUUGAAGUUGAUCAAAGAAUCAGCAGAACAGUGCAAUAAACAGGCUUCAGCGGCAUUGACAACCAAAGUAUUGUUCAGCUGGUAAGGAGCAAGUCACAAGAAAAGAAGCCUAGUAGAGUACAGAUAGGGUUUGUAGAAUAAAGUUGAG